CGGGCUUAGUGAAGCAGCGCCAGUGGGGGAAGAUGGCGGCUGCCGUGCCACAGCGGGCGUGGACCGUGGAGCAGCUACGCAGUGAGCAGCUGCCCAAGAAGGACAUUAUCAAGUUUCUGCAGGAUAACGGUUCAGAUUCGUUUCUGGCAGAGCAUAAAUUAUUAGGAAACAUUAAAAACGUAGCCAAGACGGCUAAUAAGGACCAUUUGGUUACAGCCUAUAACCAUCUCUUUGAAAGUAAGCGUUUCAAAGGUACUGAAAGUAUAAGUAAAGUAUCUGAGCAAGUAAAAAAUGUGAAGCUUAAUGAAGAUAAACCCAAAGAAACCAAGUCUGAAGAGACUCUGGAUGAGGGUCCACCAAAAUAUACAAAAUCUAUUUUAAAAAAGGGGGAUAAAACAAACUUUCCCAAAAAGGGAGAUGUUGUUCACUGCUGGUAUACAGGAACACUACAGGAUGGAACUGUUUUUGAUACUAAUAUUCAAACAAGUUCAAAGAAGAAGAAAAGUGCCAAGCCUUUAAGUUUUAAGGUUGGAGUAGGUAAAGUUAUCAGAGGAUGGGAUGAAGCACUUUUGACUAUGAGUAAAGGAGAAAAGGCUCGACUGGAGAUUGAACCAGAAUGGGCUUAUGGGAAGAAAGGACAGCCUGAUGCCAAAAUUCCACCAAAUGCAAAACUUAUUUUUGAAGUGGAAUUAGUGGACAUCGAUUAAAAUAGUUCUUCAGAUCUGAAGAGAUCAGCAGUGAUAAAACUUGGCCUUGAAACUUGUGUUGGAAUAGUCAACUGGAAAAUCCAAGGAGUUAACCCAUGUUUAUACUUGAUACCAAUUUUUGAGAAAUGCAGUCCCGUAUAAGUCCCACAAAUCUAAAAUAUUUUGGUAUAGCUGUGUAAAAUAUUGGUUAAGGAGUACUUUUUCCUUUUACCUCAUGUAAUCUAAAAGGCUCAAUAAAAUCUUACCAACUAUA